AAAAUAUUUUUUGUUUACAUUCGUCUGUAUUGUGCAAAUCAUUGCGUUUUUUAAAGUUUGAACUUAAAUAUUAUUAAUUUUGAGCUGAUAUUUAGCUUAGACGCAAUUUUAAAAUUUUAUGCUGAUUCAAGAUGCGCGCAAAUAUGCAGCAGAAAAUGGCCAGUGAGCGAAAUGUGGAAGAAAAUAAGGGAAUGCCUCUAUGGGUCUACAAUCGUCUCUUGAUAUUUUUUUGUCUGGUGGGCCUAGGACUUUCGCUUUAUGCAUAUGUGGUGGAACUACAUAUGGAUGAAAAUAAAAACUAUAAACCUUAUUGCGACAUAAGUCCCCACAUGAGCUGUACCAAAGCCUUUGGAUCCUCGUAUGGAAAAGGCUUUGGCAUUUUUGGAAAAAAGUCUGUUUUUUAUAAACCCAACAGCUUCUUUGGAAUUGUGUUUUACAGCAUGAUUGCCACACUUAGUUUGGUUAACUCACCUGUGGCAGUAAAUGCAUCUCUCUUUUUAAUAAUACUAUCCAACUUUGCCUCCAUGUAUUUUGCGUACAUCUUAUAUUUUAUUUUAAAAGAUAUGUGUUUGGUAUGUAUUGGAACUUAUUUAGUAAAUGUGAUGAACUUGAUUUUGAUCACCAAGAAGCAUAAAAAAAUCCGAGAGCUAAGUGAAGCAAUACAGACACAACACGAAGUUUCUCAAAGAAAGAAGGCUGAGUAAGAAAAAAUUAUUUCUUUAAAAAAACAGUUCUGUUAUUGUUUAAAAAAAGGAUAGUAGUGGCUUUAUUAGUACCUAAUUCUUAUAUUUAAUAUAAUAUAGUUGAGAGCUCUCCUAACAGUUGAUAUUACCUUGUACUCAGGAUUUUUUAUUUUGUAAAUAUGUAUUUAGUGUUAUAAAAUGUUUAUUAGUUAA